AAUUACAGAAUGGACUUCUGGAAUAUGACAAUGGGAAUUUUUUUCCUAUCACAAAGUACAACUGGAAUUCUGGGAAACAUCUCUCUUCUGUCCUCCUAUCUAUCCCUUUACUAUAGAAAAUGUAUAUUAAAGCCCACAGAUUUGAUUCUCAUGCACCUGAUGAUAGUCAACUCCCUGAUCAUCCUCUCUAAAGGAGUACCCCACAUAAUUGCAGCUUUUGGGUGGAAGCAAUUCUUCACAGACUUUGGGUGCAGACUCUCUUUGUACAUUGAAAGAGUUUGCAGGAGCAUGUCCAUUGCCUCCACCUGUCUCUUGAGUGUCUUCCAGGCCAUCACCAUCAGUCCCAGAGUUUCCUGUUGGAAGGAUCACAAAGUCAGAGCUCCAAAGCACAUUGGCCUCUCCAUUUCCUUCUGUUGGGUCCUGUACAUGGUGGUAAAUUUUCUUUUCCCUGUGCUUGCAAAUAUCAAAAGGAAUACCAAAAAUAUUACAGGACAAAGAGAUUUUGAAUACUGCUUCAUUACCAAUCGUAAUGAAAUCACGGUCUCACUCUAUAUAGCAUUAUUGGCAUUUCCUGAAGUUUUGUUUUCUGUGCUCAUGGUCUGGUCCAGCAGCUUCAUGGUUGUCAUUCUGUACAGGCACAAGCAGCGAGUUCAGUACAUCCGCAGGGCUCAUGAUUCCACCAGAACCUCCCCGGAGUCCAGAGCCACCCAGAGCAUCCUGGCCCUGGUGUCUACCUUUCUGGCUUCUUACACCCUCUCCUCCAUCUUACAAGGUUCCAUUGCUCUUCUGUAUAACCCUGAUUGGUGGCUGAUGAACGUCACUAGCUUUGUUUCUCUUUGUUUUCCCUCUUUUGGACCCUUUGUUCUUAUGAAUCAUGAGUCCAUUGUGUCCAGACUCUGUUUGGUCUUCAUGAGGAAUAAAAACAUCUCUAAAUAA